AUGGCAAUUCGCUGGCUUGCUGUUCUGUGCGCUUGGGCGCUUAUAGCGGAAUUUGCUCUUUCAUUGCCCGCAGAAGAAUACCCUGAAGAAUUUGAACUCGAUGAACCCGAGGGUAAGAAGUAGAUUUUUUAGCUUAAAAUGAUGCCUUCGAAUCUCUUCAAACGAUUUGCAAAUAAACUGAAUGAACGAAGGAACUCUGCACUUGUACACCUAUAUCAGUCACACACUGACUAGAGGGAAAUUAAUGUUUUGUAACAUAAGUACCUCUCUUGCAACUCCAUACUGUGCUUCAGAAAAGUUGUUGAGUCAACUGAGUUUGGUAGGAAGUUGAAUAGAUGAAACCAACUGGUUCGUGAGAUGAAAAAUAUUGGUUUUUUUUUCUGGGAUACCCCAGAAGAUACGCUGGCUUUUACUUUUACGUUAGUAUUUUACUCAGAUGAUUUACAUUAAGAGCCUGAAAAUCAAGGAAACUCAACCUUGAUCUGAUACAAGAUCAACCCACCUUCAGGCACUUAAAAUUGAAGGUUUCGAACUACUCAGUGACAAAAGGCAAAAAAUGUGUUAUACUGUUACUCUGUCUUAAUCUAACAACUAUAUUUUUCUAUACUUUUUUUCGUGAAACAGCUCCAGAAGAAGAAGUUAAGAUCAGGCAAAGGAGACAAAGUAAGAAAGUUAACCAGCUUUCCUCCUUUCAUAGAGCUAUCUACGAUUUUGACCUAUUUUCCCGAAAUUUAGCCUCUUAAACCUAAGCUACACCACUAUGGGUUUCACUAAUUGGUACUUUCUCAUAAAUUUCGCUUUUAACUUUGAACAAAGUGGAAUGAAAGGAUCUCUAAUCUUACAAUUCUCAAAUUCAUCAUGAAAUAUUGUCCAAUUCUGGGCGCAUUCAGAGUCAUUGCAGCUGAGUACAUAGAAACGCGAGGAUCUUGAUCGACGAAUAAAAUCCCUAAAAGGGUUUAUUCUAACUUCGUACAUCCUAUUUUGCGAAAGUAAUCAUAGAGUGUAUAACUUCCUUAGGUGGAAAGCUUGUAAUGGGUUGGUUUUUUCCUCGGAGGGCACGGUAACGAAUCCUGCAGUCUGAUUGCUUCUUAGUGAAGUCCGGAUUUUCUACCGCUACACGCGGCCGUGUAAUUACAGCCCUAAAUCAUUAAGUUUUAGAAAAAAAAGUAAAAAAUGUUAUUCUCCAGCCUAGAUCGGUUCAUAUUGGGAAACACUGUGCCCGAGGUCUUGAGUACUGGUAACGACGGUACUCAAGACCUCGGGCACAGUUGUUCCCAAAACGGACCUCUAGGCUGGUGAAUAACAUAAUAUUACAUAUACCCCUACCUUAAAUCUCUUGCUGCAGCCUUAUUUCACGGUAGUGGACUUAUUUUACUCAGUGUUACUCUCCACGGUCACAUUUUACAUUUUUGUUUUUUCUAAAGAAUAUUGCGAACACAUUUUGAUUCCAUAAAAUUUGUUUCCUUUUAGUGCUAACUUUUUUUUUUAGAGUGUGAUUGCACAAUUGUCUCGCAAGGACGUAGUUUACCUCUUUCAGAGUCGACCAUUUCGAUCUGAAGUUAAACGAGGAGCCCAUAAAAACAUUCUUAAACGCUUUAACCCCCAGAAGUGAGGUGAAGUUCUCCCAAAAGUUUCAAAAUUUUCAGUUCGAGGCCUUUAUCUUGAUACAACACCAACUUAUUGAUUUACAGGGAAAAUUAUAAAGGGGAGAGUUACCAACACGUUCCUGGCAAUUAAUGGUGGAGGGUUAACGGGAUUUGAACCGUUGUAUGUUCUAUAUAAUAAACUGCGUCGCCAUACUUCUUCUAUGUUCCGAAUAUAAACUACAAUAUGACGGAAAAGACCUUGAAAACAUUUCAUUACCUCCAUCUUUCGGUUUAAAUGAAGAAUUUUUGGGAAAGGUCUUACUCGACGUUUUCUGGAAAUUUGUCUUGACAGUUACGAUGUCGCCAACUGCGUAUCAACCCUUUUUGUGACUGACUACAAUGUUCUUCUUUGGGUAGAAUAAAGUUGCUUUCCAUUUAUUAGGUGCCUGCGAGGACCAACUUAAUUACUGCUCUCAAUGGCCAGACAAAUACUGUCAAGACUAUAGAGAUUACAUGAAAAAGAACUGUCCAAGAAAAUGCGGAUAUUGUGGUAAGUAUAAACAGUUAUCGUGAAUAAAUGUUUCCAAAGUGUUUCUAAACUUCGAGCAUUCCCCACCUUCCUUGCGUAAUCCUUGGAUGAAUCAAUUUGAAUAGGUGAAAAAAAAUAUCUUUGCGUUUCCCGACUCGUUUCGCAGAAGGUAGUUCAUAACGCAUGAAGUCACCUCGCUCCCUAGCUGAGUAACCUCGCCCAAAGGGAAGUCGUGUCGACCACAAGUGUGACACGUACAUGUACAUCACAUAACAUUUUAUCAAGAUACCAAACGACAACACAGCACCACGUAAAAGCCUGUGAUUUUUGUGAUACUAUUACCAACGCGUACAGACCGACUGUAUGAGUGGAGAGGGACUCCAAAAAAGAGUCAUUUCUCUCGCCUCGCCCCUAUUAAGUAGUAGUUAUAGUGAAAAAAGGAUUAUUUGCAAUUUAAUAGCUUUUGGAUAUGAUUGGGCAUCAUUAAGCUUUUCAGCUGUUUUACUAAAGUCGUUUCUAACUAAACUGUGUAUCUACGAAAAAUUUUUUUCAGUUUUUUUCUCCUUUUAUCUAAUGUGUGUAAUGCUAAACUUUAGAAUCAAGAAAAAUAUGAAUAAGAUGGGUCUUCUCCGACUUCUUAAUUGUAAAUGUCAUUUAAUGUUGAUUCAAGCUUUCAAAUUACCUAACUAUAGUUUUUUUUUAAUCGCAAUCCCUUACAACCCAUUAGUUGAAGGCUGUUAAUUAACUAAUUUAGGUUUACUUUCAUUAUUUCACUUGAACAGGUGGCCCAACUAAACCUCCAGGUAACUAAAUCUCACUUUACAGAAGUUUCUUUGUUUGUUACUUGUCUUAAAUCAGAGGCGAGUUCGUAAUAACUGAAUCCAAAGUUCUCAGAAAAAAAUAUUCCAAGACAAAGCCAUGCAGCAAUUAAAUAGCGCUAUAUUUCAUAAGCUUAUUGACCAGUCAGAGAGCUGGACAGUGCAGCUUUCUGAUACAAACAGACUUUUUUUUUAAAGAAACACACAGCGCAAAUGAAACUUUUAUACAUCCGUUGAUUCUCCUUGAUCCCAUAUUCAUCCCUAAACGUAUCUUUGAAACUCAGAAUCAAAAUUUUGGUUUUCACCAACGGAAGUAAUUUUAACGAGAGGAAAACUUAAGUGUUAUGGAAGAGCUCGUUAACUUUUGUAAUUUUUUGGGCUAUUCCUGCAUGCUUCAAGUUGUGCUUUAAGUUAGACAGAUAUUUGAUAUUUAGCAUUUCUUUUUCACAGCUUGUGAAGACAAAAGUCAAUAUUGUUCAGGCUGGAAAAGUAGCGGGUUUUGUGAUCAAUCAAGCCAGUGGCAUAACUACAUGAAGAACAACUGCGGAAAGACGUGUGGCUUUUGCGGAGGAGGAGGAGGAGGAGGAGGAGGAGGAGGAGGCGGUGGUGGCGGCGGCGGCGGCGGCGGCGGCGGUGGUGGCGGUGGUGGCGGCGGUGGAGGAGGAGGCGGUUCGGUUUGUAGUGGUUUGUAUAAAAGUCGUCAUUACCAGUCUCCUAAACACAGUUCCUUCAUUAGAAUUUAUUUCCGUUUUUCCUGUUUAUUUUAAGUUAAUGUGAACUGCCAAAAGGCUUUAUUUGGUGAGGUGUAGCUCGUGGCAGCUACGGUAUUACCACAGAGAUUAACCUUUGACCUUUCGUGCGUAACAUUUGUCCAACAGGUUCGAUUGUAUGGCGUAUUCAAUUAGAAACACCUCACUUUGUUUAGUUUCAAGUUUUCUUUAAAACCGUUUCCAUUUCCUGGACGUUAAAUUCAUAUGUAGUUCACAGCCUAUAACCCUUUAAGACUUUUUAGUCUGUAGAACAUCCCCUCACCAGUAAAAAAGUCAUCCUGUAAGCUUUUUGCACUCGGAACUGAUACUGUGCAGCUGUUUGCUUCAGUAUCAGUGACCCAAUUCCUUGUGUCUUCUUUCGCAGUGAGCAAUGCCAGUGAUAAAGUGAAAAAAUGUACUUUUGAUGAUAGUAUGUGUGACUGGCAUAAUGUUCCGUUUGAUGACGACACGGACUUUGUCAUCAAAAGCAGCAUCUCUGGUGGACCGAGCUCUGGAGCUGGGGGGAGUGGUAAGUGGUUACCAGAAAGAUGAUAUCAGUACAAAUUUGUCUUGUCAGGCGUUUUCAUCAAAAUUAUAAAAAACUAUAACUAUCAACGGUUUAGUUUUUAAGUUUUUACGUACAAGUUAUUUUCCUUCGACGUUUUGUUGUUACUGAAUUAAUAAUCUCUUCAGACAAUACAACUUUUCAAUAAAACCUGGCUCUAGAAGCAGCAAAACCUCAUAAGGUUCACCUUUGUUAUUUGUUUUUUCCCGCAAAAAGUGAUUGCGACUUCUCUUAAACAUUGCAUAAGACAUUUUUGUCACUGGUUUUACUGCUGUAUUAUUGGAACUUUUAACUUUACGUCCCAUAACCUUUUUGUCUUGUUUCAAAUUUUUUCCCGCUUUUUAAUGAAAUGGUAACAGGUCCUCGUAUUAUCCAAUACUGUGAACGUCCUCUGUAUCAUUUUAUCCCUCGGUUAGUAUACGUGCCCUGUGAUUGGUCAUUCUAGCGGGCCGUAUAUCACUAUACGGCUCGCUAAAUUCGAAAGAUUGUUCGAAUUGAACUCUUCCCCUUCCCCCAUUUAAACUCAGAGAUAUAAUAAAUAUCUUGCUAACUUCCUUUUCUUGUUCCGCCCUGUAAGUUACGGAACCCCGUUUUUUCCCGCUCGGAAAGGCUUCGCGCUCAGGCAAUAAAUCCGUGCGGAAAAACUCGGUCUGUAACUUACAGUACGGACCUUGAACUCAAACAGUAAGUGGUUUUUAUAAAAUCGAAUUUUCGCCUCACCGUCCCGUCCCUCCAUUGUGUUGUGUUAUCAAACCGUAAUUUACAUUACUAAUUUACACUAACGGCGAAAACGAGUAACAGCGCGAGUCAAGCAUUGGUAGUAGUUCAAACGAUAACGACAUCCUUGAAAAGAAUAACCCCAUUGGAACAUUGGAAUUUUCUAUGGUUUGUCGUUUUAAAUCUGAUCCGUCAAAAUAAGAUUUGAAUAGAAUUAAGAUGAAAAAGAGAAGGCGGAUUUCAAAGAGAUGACUAGUUACUAUCAUUUUAUUAUCCAAGGUGAGAAACUUGUAGCAACGCUGUAAAAUAAUUCGCCUUUCAGGGAAAUUUCUCGUGACUGAGACAAGUAAUGGCAAGGCGCAACUUCUGAUCCCGUUUGAGUUGGUCCUCGGCAGUCACAACGCAGAUCACGGCACGAUGUGUAUCAGGUUUAACUAUUACAUCACUAGGUUAGUCGCGACUAAUGAGUCAAUUCAAUUUCCUUUUCACAAUAAGAAUUUCUCAAAAGCUUGAAAAAAAAAAAAAAAAAAAAAAAAAACUUACAACAACGUUCAAGAUGGUAGCUGUCAUGUUUAUCCACUAUCUGAAGUCAUACGCAUACGCCCCACCGGAAGAAUGCCUUCCCAAUAGUUUAGUCUUCUUCCCUUCCGCUCAUUACACCUUCCCAUCAUCCUCUCCUUCCUUUCUGUCCCACCUCUUGCUGUCUGCCACCUACUCCGUUAUUAACCCAUCCUAUCUCUUGUAUUAUUUACUAAGCCAAGAACUUUCGAUUAAGGUCAACUUUUUCUAAACCGCACUUUCCCCUUAAAUAUGCUAUUUAUCAUAGAUGCCCCAUUUUGGACACAUUGGCAAAUACAUAAUGAUUUUUUAAGGCUGUGUAUCUUAUCUAUUCCACCACAGGGGGUCACUGACGUUGUAUAAGAUCGAGAAUAGAAAGGGUUCAAGAAAGACAUCUCUAGCAGCUAUUAGUAAUCAAGGAAAUCAAGGCGUGUGGAAAUGCGAGAAAGUCAGAGUAGAAGUCAGUGUGCAUCGACAGGUGAGUCCCACGAGAACCAGUACCAGUUGAAUCUUCUAUCUCUCUAUUGUCAACAUUUUGAACAACGCUCACACAUUAUUGGCAACUCCGUUAUUCUGACCCAUUUCCCUUUUUACUUGAAUACGCUAGCUGAUAGGCAGUGAAAAGAAACCGCUAUUUUGUGCUUGUCUAACUAAGCUUACUGGCCUGUCUACCGUCUUACCCACCCAUCUACAUGCCCUACCCUUUCUUGCGGACGCUAUCUAACAAACCACCUUCAGAGCGCCCCCCUUUACUUACCCACCUAUAAUUAGCCUUGGAAAGCUCUACUACUUUUUGAAUUUUUUUAUUUCCUUUCUCCCCCAAUUUAGUGUUUACUCAAAAUGGUCACUAAUUGGCUAAUUUCUUGCAACAUUGUUUGGGGAGUGGACUUUUUCAUAAUAUCGAGAUGUUUUAUAUUACUUAUGUUUAUUAUGUUGAUUGAAUGGGAGGGGAGGGGUGUUAACUUCUUUUGCCAAUCAUUGAACCUACCUACCUAUCCACCAGUCUUCUACCCUCCAUAUAUACUUACUUACCGACCCACUAAUUUCAUUCCUUCCUACAAAACUACACAACUUAUCAAGCUUGAAGAGGCCUGCCAAUGAAGUUCAUUUUCUCAUGUCGAAAAUAGUCCGAUAUUGCUUACGUUUUGCUUUACUUCGCUCUGUGCUUGGUCCAGAAAACUCGCGACACCCCACCAACCGAUCAGAUGCAAAACUAAUAUCAAUAACGACUCGUUUUCAUGCGCUGGCAGUUUUCUUGCUUCUAUUUUGGCCAUUACGAUCACUUUGGUUUUGGUUUUACGAAAUUAUUACUACAACUGUACUAUAAAUAAUGGUAGUAGGAACGAGUGGAGUCCAAUUCGGUCUGUGAUCAUACAAGUGAUUUACAAAAUCGGACGACUGCGAAACGGGGGUCCGAUUUGUUAAUCACGAGUGUGAUUACAGACAGAAUUGGACGACACGAAGUCCUGUUACCAAUUAAUCAAAACUAUGACAACAUUUGAGAAAGAAACUAGACAUCGGUUGUACAUUUUCAUAAAAAAUCAACAGUUAGUCGGCGAAAUGUGAGACAACAGCCUGUGCAAAUGACGCGUUCUGUCCACUUGAACAGGCAUGACGCGUUAACUUUCCCUUUAACUGUCCAUUUGACACUGUCUAAUGAUAUGCAUGACGCGUACACUGUCCUAUCAGUGCUCAAAUCGGGCUGGUGAUAACCAAUCACGUUCGAGAAUUUUGUUAUGGUUUUGAUUAAUAUUAUGAAUAAAAUAUUGUGGUCAUACAAAAAACACAAUUUACCACGACUUUCAUCACUACCUUAGUUACCUAAUGAUUUAGCGAGUUCUCACUUAUUUUUCUUGCCCUUUUUCUAUUAUUUAACAGCUGUUAUUUGAGGCAAAUGCCUAUGGCCAAGUGGUUGCCAUUGAUGAUAUCAGUUUCACCAAUAACUGCUAG